AUGGCUACAUCACACAGUGACAAUUGGAAUGAACUUCAUUGUCAACAAGGUUCAUGCAAAAUUAUUUUAAAACCAGGAGAUCUCUUAGACGAAAAAGAUGUUAAUGUACUUGUUAUUCCAACACCAGCAGGUGGAAUGAAUCCGGAUAAUUUUCAACUCUUCAAAUCUAUUUACUCUAAUGCAGAUGAAAAUUGCAAAAGAGAAAUUAAGAAAGUUUGUUUUAAUUUAACACAGUCAGAACCACAAACGUUUUCGUUAUAUGGUCUUCGAUAUAUUUUUGUAGCACCACCAUAUGUUGGUAAUCGCGACAAAGCUCCUAAAUAUUUAAAAGAAACUUAUACUUCAUGUCUCAAAUUAGCAGUUAAGAGUAAUUUUCGAACAAUUGCUUUUCCCACUAUUGGUUGUGGUGUCAUUGGAUUUCCAAUAGACGAUGCAGCUCGUAGUGUUUAUUCGGCUAUAGAAAAUUUUUGCCAAUCAAAAGAUGGCAAAAAAAUGGAUGAAAUUCGAAUAGUUAUUUAUGAUAAGAACAUAUAUAACGAAUUCAUUGGUAUUUUCAUUGAAACUGAUCAAACGAAAAAAAUAAAAUUCAACUUUGUAACAAUAUCGACGAAAACUUCAAACCGAUCUGAAAUGUCAUCAACAAGAGAUAAACAACAUGAAACACAACAACCAUCAAAUAAAAAUGCAUCACAAGAUUAUUCCGAUGAUUUUGAUGAUGAUGAUAAACAUAGACGUCCAGGAAGUGGUAUGGCAAGACAAACUUCGAAUCUCAAUCCAAACUCUCCAGAAUUUCAACCAAAAACUAAUAAUAACAAGCGUGUUCCUCGUCAUUUUUGUCUUAACAAUAAGCGUACAGAAUUAAUUAUAAUUCAAGGAGAUAUUUUAAAAACAAGAGUGGAUGCUAUUGUCAAUGCCGCUAAUGAAAGAAUGAUGGGUGGUAGUGGAGUUGAUGGAGCUAUCCAUGAAGCUGCCGGAAACAACCUUCAAAGAGCUUGUAAAGCUCACAAAGAAAUUUCUCGUGAUGUUCGUUUACCAACUGGUCAUUCACGUAUUUUACUUAGUUAUGAUUUGUUCAACACAACUUACUAUAUCAUUAACACUGCUGGCCCCGAAUAUGAUGAUACUAAACGAGAGAAAUGUAAAAAAGAUUUAACAUCUUGCUAUAAAACAUCACUAGCUUUAGCGAAUUUAUAUGAUCUUGAAACAAUCGGUUUUACUGCUAUUAGUUGUGGUAUAUACGGAUAUCCAAUUGAUGAAGGUGCUGAAGUUGCACUUACAACAGUUGAUCGUGCAGCUGGUACCAUGGAUAAAAUUUUCUUUGUAUUAAAAGAUGAUGAUAUUUAUGAUGCAUGGAUUAAAAAAGCUGAGGAAUUACGGUUCACUUCACUGGAUGAGAGUAGUGCAUUAACACAAGCACGUCCGAAUAAUCAAAAGACGAUUGAAAAGUCAAUUACAAACAAUCCAUCGACAUCAAAUACUACAAAAGCAGCACUUAAAGAAUCAACUGGCACGAAAUCAUCUAGCAAAUCACUACAAGAUUCAAAUGAAAAAUCUGAAAGUGAAGAAGACACGAACAAGGAAAAACAUGAUAGUUCAUCGAAGAAAAUUUGGUUGUUAUGUAAAAUGCCUACGGCAUGGCUUGGUUCAUGGUAUCAACGUGGAAUGAAUUCAUUAUUAGAGAUAACAAUCGAUCAUAUUCAGACGAAAGGAUUAUGUUUAGAUGUACUUCCUAUACAACAAUAUUAUCUUUUUAUUGAUCGAUCAAAUCGUUGUACACGAUGUUUAGUAUUUAUUCAACGACAUAUUAAUUUAUUACAAUAUCGUGAAAGUGAAUGUAAUGAUGUAGAUGAUCUAUCAAGCAUUAGUUCAUGUCCAAAUAUGAUUGCGCCUGAUGCUGCCAUGUAUACACUUCAUCGAAAUAAUUCCAAAUCACAAUUAUGUCCUAUUCAACCACCAUUUGUUUUAACAAAUUUAGUAAAAGAUAGUUCAAAUUGUCAACAAUCAAUCACAUCAUCAUAUAUAAAUGAAUGUGCUACAGAUAAUCAAUUUCAUCUUUAUCUAACACCAUGUUUAUCAUAUCAACCAAUUCUUGAUCUUCAAUUUAUCUGUGUUGGAACAUGGAUAGAAGAUUUUCAUACGUAUUUUGUUGCUCGUAUUAUUUCUCAUUCUAUAAAACGACAACGUAAUCAUAGAAACAAUCAAUAUGCAUGUUUUAGAUUUUUAACUAAACAAAAAUCUUCAUCAUUAUUAUCACUUAAUAUGGCUACUGAUGAUUCAUGUCGAGAUUUAUAUUCUAAACAUAUGUCUACAAUAAUGACUUUAACAUCAACAAAUUAUCAAAUAACUAAUGAAUCAAUUCAAUAUUGUAUAUUUCCUAAUAAAUUUCAAUCCAAUGAAUGGUAUUCAAUUAAUGGAACAAUACGAAUGAUUAUUAAAAAUAUUGAUAUAGAAUUAAUUGAAAUGAAUAAACGUUUUCAUUGUUAUGAAAUGAUUAAUUUAGAAAAAUCAAUAAAUAUUUAUCAUAUAAAAACAUUUACAAAUUGUGAUAUUAAAGAAGAAUGUCUUCGUAUAAUUCAACGAACAAAUAAUGUUAUUGAACUUUAUACAUAUACAUUAUCAAAUGAAAAUAAUUGUUAUAAUUUAAAUUAUAAUAAUUAUAAUUUAUAUUUAAUAUUUAUUACAAAAUCAUUUAAAUUAUUAAAUUCAUGUCCAAAUUAUAUUAAUAAUUUAUUAUUUCAAACAAAUAUUAAUUUUAAUUUAUAUAGAAAAUCAUUUCAAUUAUCUAUUGAUUGUAAUAAUAAAGAAAAAUUAACUUUUUUACAAAAUCAAAAAGAUCUUGAACAUCGAUCAAGAACUGAAUUUGAUACAUGUCUUGCAUCAUGGCAAUCGGAUGAUCCUUUAACAACAUAUUUUAUUACUCAAUCAAAACAUUCAAAUAUAUAUCAUUGUUUUAGUUUUCAAUUGACUAAUCAAAUUAUAAUUCGAAAUAAUAAGGAUGAUUGUUCAUUUGUAAAUAAUGAAGAUGAAGAAUUAUUUUCUAUGUAUUCAGUUUAUAUAGAAGAUUUUUGUUCUCAAUCACAAAAAUUAAUAUCAAAAUUAGUUUUAUUAUUAAUAACAAUUAGUUUUUCUAUGAUUAAUAUCAAUUAG